CAGUGGCUGAAUAUAAAAGAGGCCUCGGAGCAAAAGUGCCAAGCAGACGAAUGCUUCUGACUGCUUGGUAACUUGGGGUCCUCCUACAAGAAACCAUUGCUUGAUUCAGCAUCAUGAGCACUUCUCACCUAAGCAACAGAGCCGAGAGCCACUUCCAGGCACAAGAAGAACAUGAACUGGAAACUCUGGGGAAGAAGGCAUGGGACAACCCUGUUUACAAUGGAUCCCCUUCCUCCUCCUCCUUGAAAAUCAGAGCAAUCUACAACCCAAAAUCCAUUUUGGAAAAUCCCUACGAGAACAUUGAAAAAUUGACCGGCUCCUUAUCCUACCUAAAGGAUAGGAAAGCUACUGAGGAAGCAAAGAAGAAGGAAAGCCCAGGAUGCUGCUACUAUGUCUUCAAAGGCAUCCGAGGGCUUUGGGGCACAACCUUGACCGAAAAUACCAGUGAGAACCGAGAGCUUUAUGUGAAGACUACACUGCGCGAACUUCUGGUCUAUAUUGUAUUCUUAGUGGACAUCUGUUUAUUGACCUAUGGGAUGACGAGUUCAAAUGCCUAUUACUAUACCAAAGUGAUGUCUGAACUCUUUCUGCAGACUCCUUCAGACAGUGGCGUCUCCUUCCAGACCAUUGGAAGCAUGGCUGACUUUUGGCGAUAUACACAAGGACCUUUCCUGGAUAGUUUAUAUUGGACUAAGUGGUAUAACAAUAAAUCUUUGGGCCACAAUGCACAAUCCUAUAUCUAUUAUGAAAACUUACUGCUUGGCGUCCCACGGCUACGCCAACUCAAGGUCCAGAACAACUCAUGCGUGGUGCAUGAUGAUUUCAAAGAAGAUAUUGCUGGUUGUUAUGAUGUAUACAGUGAAGAGAAAGAGAACACAUCACCCUUUGGACUUUUGAAUGGGACAGCGUGGCAAUAUUACACAGAGCAAGAACUCGAUGGCUCUUCCCACUGGGGCAGAUUAACAAGUUACAGUGGAGGAGGCUAUUAUGUAGACCUCAAAAUAACCCGGGAGGAAAGUGCAGAAACUCUACAAGUCUUGAAAGAAAACCUAUGGCUGGAUCGUGGAACCCGUGCUGUUUUUAUGGACUUCUCCGUAUAUAAUGCCAACAUCAACCUGUUCUGUGUGCUCAGGUUGGUGGUGGAAUUCCCUGCGACUGGGGGUGCCAUUCCUUCAUGGCAGAUCCGGACUGUGAAACUACUCCGGUAUGUCAGCACUUGGGAUUUCUUCAUUGUCUCUUGUGAAAUUGUCUUCUGCAUCUUUAUCUUCUAUUAUGUUGUGGAAGAAAUCUUGGAACUGCACAUUCACAGGCUUCAGUACUUCACCAGCAUCUGGAACAUUUUGGAUAUAGUGGUCAUUUUGCUUUCUGUUUUAGCCAUUGGAUUCCACAUUUUUCGUACCAUUGAAGUCAACAGGUUAAUGGGACAGCUGCUAAGAAAUCCCAACAUCUACGCAGACUUUGAAUUUCUGGCUUUUUGGCAAACCCAGUACAACAACAUGAAUGCUGUGAACUUGUUCUUUGCCUGGAUAAAGAUAUUCAAAUAUAUUAGCUUUAACAAAACAAUGACCCAGCUGUCUUCCACUCUUGCCCGAUGUGCCAAGGACAUUCUGGGUUUUGCCAUCAUGUUCUUCAUUGUCUUUUUUGCCUAUGCGCAACUGGGCUAUCUCCUUUUUGGAACCCAAGUGGAAAACUUCAGCACCUUUGUUAAAUGCAUCUUCACACAAUUUCGCAUCAUUCUUGGUGAUUUUGACUAUAAUGCUAUUGACAAUGCCAACAGAAUCUUGGGACCCAUAUAUUUUGUCACUUACGUCUUCUUCGUCUUCUUUGUGCUAUUGAACAUGUUUCUGGCUAUUAUAAAUGACACCUACUCUGAAGUAAAAGAGGAACUUUCAAACCAGAAGAAUGAACUGCAGCUAUCGGACAUCCUGAAGCAGGGCUAUAACCGGACACUGAUGAAGCUGAAGCUGAAAAAAGACCGAAUCUCUGAUGUACAGAAAGCUUUGCAGAAAGGAACCAAAGAGCUGGAAUAUGAAGACUUUAAGAACAGUUUGAGAGAGCUGGGUCAUGCGGAACAUGAAAUCACAGCAGCCUUUGCAAAAUUUGAUAAGGAUGGUAACCAGAUCCUUGACGAGGAAGAGCAGAAGAGAAUGCGGAAUGAUCUAGAGGAGAACAAAGUUGCUCUGAAUGAAGAAAUUGAAAAUUUGGGGAAAUCCUUCAGGGACAACACUUUAGACAAUACUCUUGGUUUUGCAGAGGCAAAGAAUAAUCAAGCAAACAAAAGCAGCCGAAUUUCUGAGGAAGAAUUCCAAAUACUCCUGCGGCGAGUGCUAAAGUUGGAGAAUUCUGUUGGUGGCAUCAUAUCCAAGACCGAAGCCUUGGUAAUUAAAUUUGAAGACCUUGAAAGGAACAAAAUGAAGAAAAAAGACUCGGUACCUGAGGGAGACCAGCUGAUUCAAGAAAAUCUGGCUCCACAGACUGCUGAACGUGCUGUUGCAGAAGAGAAUGGAUUGGAAGCGGCCCAUGUGCAGGAGAAUUAUAUCAGUGUGAACUCUCUGAAUAGGAGUCAGGGGGUCUAUCCCCUUCUGUCCAGAUUAGACCUAUUAAACUCUCAAACUCCCAAGACCAUCCAGUUCAAAUCUAACAGAAACUUCUAG